AUGGCGCUCAGCUUCUUUAGUGGUACCGGAAGCGCCAGCAAUGCCAAAUACUUCGACAUUCGCUUGAACGAUGAGUACAUCGUAUUUCGUGGAGGCGAGCAUGAAGCCGCCAGCGCUCAUCUGAAAGGGACUCUAGUGCUCUGUCUGUCGGAGCCGCUCACUAUCAAGCACAUCCGGCUACAGCUCACGGGCAUGUCGCGCGUUUGUUGGCACCUCCCCUCUAGUUCGACCGCCGGCGGCCGCAAGUCAUGGAGAGAACGAGUCUUUUACGAUAAGACAUGGCGAUUCCGUGAUCCUGGCAAAGGCAAGACUGAGAUCCUGGCGGCGGGCAACUACGAAUACCCAUUCGACGUGGUGCUUGAGGGAUCCAUGCCUGAGAGUGUGGAGGGGUUGUCGGAGACCUGGGUGAUGUACCGCUUCAAGGCCGAGAUCGGGCGCAAAUAUGCCAAAGAUAUCGUUGCAAGGAAACCCUUGCGGAUCAUCCGAACCCUCGAUCCCAGCGCCCUGGAGCUGUCCCACGCGAUGUCCGUGGACAACAUCUGGCCAAACAAGAUCGAAUACUCCAUCAGCACUCCGACCAAGGCUGUCGUAUUCGGUACUUCCAUUCGGGUCGACUUCAAGUUGAUCCCACUACUGAAGGGUCUACGCAUCGGACAGAUUACGUCACAGCUCAUCGAAAGCCACGACCUCACGCUAAACCCGGAAGAUCCCGACUCGAUUCGCAAUACGUACAAAAUUACACGGACAAUCUUGACGGACGAGCAUGAGGUAGAUGAGGAUCGUGUCGAGAUAAUCGAUGAGGCCGCCGAGGGCUAUCAGUUUACGCGCUAUCUCGAUAUGCCGCAGACAUUGACCCGGUGUCUCCAGGAUACGGACACUAUGGGCAUCAAGAUUCGCCAUAAGAUGAAGUUCCGCAUUCAACUACACAACCCUGAUGGUCAUGUCAGCGAGGUGAGUUUGGAGACGCUCGCCAUCACUCCUGUCCAAACUAACUCUUGCGCGAUGCAGCUCCGAGCGACCCUCCCCGUAUCCAUCUUCAUCUCCCCCAACAUGCCCAUUGACGAGAACAACAACCUUCGUGAUCAAACACCCGUCGCCGCUCGCCGAACGGUAGACGAGUUCGCCAACCAGGCCCCGCCGCUUUACGGCGAACACCAAUUCGAUCAGCUGUAUAGCGAACUGGACCCCAGCGGCUACCGCACACCAGGCCCCGGUAGCGGCGGCCCCGGAACACCCUUUGGCCCCCUCAGCCGUAAUAUUUCAGCAGAGAAUCUGGCUUCGAUGAACGCGCUGACCAACACUGAUAUCUCCGCCUCCGCAUUACAUAGCCGUCUCACGACGCUGAACGCUAGUCGCUUCGGUCAUCAAUCCCCCAGCGAGCCAUCGCACGACUCCCCCACCGAGAGUCACCCUAACUCACGCCAGCUGAACGUUCAUUUCGGAGAUUACUUUGGUCCUUCCUCCGGCUCCAACUCACACAGUCCCGGCAGCCCCGAGAUGUCUCGCCGAGCUUCGGACGAGGUGGAUCACGAGCGUAUCCCAUCCGGCAUGGCUACGCCUUUCCAUCCUCAGUAUGCGGAGGUUGAGACGCUCAGUCGCGUGCCUAGCUAUUCCACUGCGGUACGCGCGGCCGUGGGUCCUUGCGACUCCAAUCUUCCCGACUACAAUGCAGUUAUUGCCAGUGGCCUCCCUACACCGCCAGUCCUUCAGUCCCCCCAGCAGGUUCACCUUCGCAGUGGCCGUAGCAGUGGGUUUUCCACACCUCUAGAGGUGAAUCGCCCCGGACACGGACACUUCGCACCCGGCGCCAACGCUGACGAUGCCGAACGCAGACUCCGAUUAGCGCAAGCCCGCGCUAGAGGCUGA